AUGGAUGGUAUCUACCCAUCAUGGUAUGUUUUUGUGAAAGCCCUCUCAUUUCCUGUCGAGGUUAAAGAAAAGACGUUCAAGAGGUUGCAAGAAGAAUCGGCAAGAAAAGAUGUUGAGAGGGCUUUUGGUGUUUUAAACGGUAGAUGGGACAUACUAAACCGACCGGUUCGUGCGAUGAAUAAGAAAACAAUACAUAGCUGGAAAAUGCAAUCUCCAUAUUGGGUGUCGGAUCCUUCUACACAAGUUCCCGUUCCCGAAAAUGUCCAACAAGACUUGCCCAAUGAAGAAAUUCACUUUCGGUUGAGAUAUGAUUUAAUUGAACUUGUAGGUUCUUUAGAAAUCAUAUCAAUGGAAUUGAUCGGGGAAGAAAGUAAGGGGGAGAUCGAUACGGAUUCAAUCAAACCCGUUAAAGUAUCCGUUUCUCAUUUUGGUGAAAAAUGUGUUCAGAUCAAAGUUCGGUCUAGUAGCGAAGAAGAAGUGGAGAAUGAGAAAGAUCUUGAAGUUAUACUAAGAGACUUGGCCAACUGCAAGUUUCAACUGGAAGCCAUGGAUGCUGCCCACAAACAAGCCCUUCUUAACCAACAUAACCACGAAACAACCGUUGACGGGCUCAAAACGCUACUAAAAAACUCUGAAUUCGAGAAAGAAGUAUACAUCAAUGAAUGCAAAGAAGCAAAAAUUCGUGUAUCAGAAUUUGAAACAAAGAUCCAAGAAAUGGCUGAUGAGUUGACCAUGUUAAAGUCAACAGAAGACGAGCUUCGUGUACUUGAAAAACAACUUAUGGAAGCCACAAGUGAUAAACUUAAAAACAUAAAACAAAUGGAGGAAAUGGAAACUCAAGGGAAAUAUAUUGAGUUGUUAGAGAGUGAGUUGACUCAGUUAAGACAGGAACUCCAACUCAGGGGCGAAAGCGAGUUGACUCGGUUAGAAACAAUGAGAAGUGAACUGGACGAGAUUCGUGAGAGAGAGAAUGAAGCACAAGUCGAAAUAGCAUUACUGCAAGCCGAGAUUCAUAAAGAAAGAUCAAAAGCCGCGGCUGCUGAGGCAGCCGAGUUAAAAGCAAUAGGCGAAAAAUCCGCUGCUUAUUUUGCUGUUCAACAAAUGGCGAUUGAAACCCAAGAAGUUAAAAAAGAAAACCAAAGAUUACAAUCCGAACACGAAGAAGUCCUUUUUCAAGAUGCAAACUCCGUCAACGACAACGAGAUCACUAUUUCAUUAGAAGAAUAUGAAAACUUGGUGAAGAAAUCCGAAGAAGCUAAAGUUGAGCCACAAAUUGAGUCCAAAAGUCGCGAAGAAAUUGAGAAAUUGAAAAAAGAUUUGGAGAGUGCGACGGCGAAAGUGAGUGAAUUUAGGACACGGGCAGAACAGGCGACAACACGAGCUGAGGUGGCAGAGCAGGCAAAAGCCGCCCUCGAAGAGCAAGUAAAGGAGUGGAAGGAACAGAAGCAAAGACGGAGGGCCGCAUUAGCCGCCCUCCGAGCAGAAUCGAUGUCGAGAUCGAGCCAUAGUUUAGAGUAUGAUGAUAAUUCUAAAACAUACAUGCCAUUGGGUAAGUUUCUGAAAAUGAAGCAAUAGUUGAAAACAUGCUAUUGUUGAACCACAAUAACUUAAAGUUUCUAAAAGGAAGCUCAUAAAUAUAAAUAUAUAUAAUUAAAUAAAAGCCGGAUCUUUGUUUUCUUA